AUGCCGCCUUUUAAUCUCAACCCCGAGGAGCUACAGGAGGAGCUUUCCCGCGCUUUCCGCUCCGCCAAGAAGCAGUCUAAGGUGGCGCUGCGCAAAAUAGCGGACGGCACGGCGGGGGCUUUGCGCUGCGCGCAGAGCAAGGUGGCGGAGUUUGAGCGCGAGAAUGACUUGCGCGGAAAGGCGCGGGACGCGGUGGGCGCGGCGAACGAGCGGCUCGAGGAGGUCGCGUUCGAGGCGGAAAGGCACGCGUUUCGGUUCGACGCGCAGUUCGGGGUUUCAAGUAGAGUGGAGGAGAUGAAACGCGCGGUGGUCAGUGCGGCGUACGACGUGGACUGUAACUUGCGGAUCCGACAAAGAAUGCGAGACAUGAUCAAGGAGAUACAGUACCAACUACCAAAGUAUCUGAAGCGGUGGGCGGAGUUCAGAACCACGCCGGCCGGCCAGCUCGUCAUGUUCGUGGCGUUUGCGUGGCUGCUCAUCUCAGGCUGGCUAGCGCAGAUCUUCCUCUGGUCGCUCUGCAUCGUCCCGCUGCUCCCUCUGCUCGCCCGGGCGCUCGCCAAAGCAGCUUUCGUUGAGGGUGAUUGCCCCUCGUGUGGAGUUCGUUUCAUCGGCCCGCGGCGCGAGCUGCUGAUUUGCCGGGGAUGCCACCACGUGGGUGGCACAAAACCCAAACCGGCUGCUAAACCUAGCUCCAACCCUCCUGCCAGACCAGCUCCGAAGCAGCAAGGCGGACCGGAGGCUGAUUCCUUGCAGUUUCGGGAGAGACGAACCACUGGAGGUUCGGGAGUUAGGUUUGAGGGGCUUGAGGAACGAUAUGUUCCAUUGGGGGAGGAGAGGCGUGACUAUAACGAGGGGGACUUCGAAGAGGAGGACGAUUGGGAGGAAAAGGACGAAGGCGAGUGGGAAGGAGGCGAUGCUGAGGUGGAACGAGCCCUUGCUGAGUCAGAACAGGAGCUCUCCACGGGCAGUUUGGUGCUGCCGCCCGGACGGCAAGCCCCGCGGGUGAAAUCGGCAGUGUUUGUGAAGAGCAGCAGCAGUGUGGCGCAGUGCCCUAAGGAUACGAAGAUACCCGAAUUUGCUGUGAUUGGCCGGUCCAAUGUGGGGAAAUCUUCUCUCAUUAACAUGCUGACCAAUCAUAAGGGGCUCGCACAGACUUCCAAGAAACCAGCCCCGCGGGUGAAAGUGAAAUCGGCAGUAUUUGUGAAGAGCAGCAGCAGUGUGGCGCAGUGCCCUAAGGAUACCAAGAUCCCGGAGUUUGCUGUGAUUGGUCGGUCGAAUGUGGGGAAAUCGUCGCUCAUCAACAUGCUGACCAAUCAUAAGGGGCUAGCUCAGACCUCCAAGAAACCUGCCUGGGGGAGGAGUGGGGGGGAGGGAUCGCCAGUAGUAUUUGUGAAGAGCAGCAGCAGUGUGGCGCAGUGCCCCAAGGAUACGAAGAUCCCGGAGUUUGCUGUGAUUGGUCGGUCCAAUGUGGGAAAAUCGUCGCUUAUCAACAUGCUGACGAAUCAUAAGGGGCUCGCACAGACGUCCAAGAAACCAGUUCCGGCCGGGCGGCAAGCCCCGCGGGUGAAAUCGGCAGUAUUUGUGAAGAGCAGCAGCAGCGUGGCGCAGUGCCCCAAGGAUACCAAGAUACCUGAAUUCGCUGUGAUUGGUCGAUCCAAUGUGGGGAAAUCUUCCCUCAUUAACAUGCUGACCAAUCAUAAGGGGCUCGCACAGACUUCCAAGAAACCAGCCCCGCGGGUGAAAGUGAAAUCGGCAGUAUUUGUGAAGAGCAGCAGCAGCGUGGCGCAGUGCCCCAAGGAUACCAAGAUCCCGGAGUUUGCUGUGAUUGGCCGGUCCAACGUGGGGAAAUCGUCGCUUAUCAACAUGCUGACCAAUCACAAGGGCCUUGCACAGACGUCCAAGAAACCAGCCCCGCGGGUGAAAUCGGCAGUAUUUGUGAAGAGCAGCAGUAGCGUGGCACAGUGCCCUAAGGAUACCAAGAUCCCGGAGUUUGCUGUGAUUGGCCGGUCGAAUGUGGGGAAAUCUUCCCUCAUCAACAUGCUGACGGAUCACAAGGGGCUUGCACAGACUUCCAAGAAACCAGUCCCGCAGGUGAAAGUGAAAUCGGCAGUAUUUGUGAAGAGCAGCAGCAGCGUGGCGCAGUGCCCUAAGGAUACCAAGAUCCCGGAGUUUGCUGUGAUUGGCCGGUCCAACGUGGGGAAAUCUUCCCUUAUCAACAUGCUGACGAAUCACAAGGGGCUCGCACAAACGUCCAAGAAACCAGGCGAGUAG